UCCGCGGGGCGGGGCUUGAGGGGGGAGGGGAGGAAUUGCCCGGUGACGUCACCGGGGCGCCGUGGUUCGUUGACGGCCCCGCCGGCUCGGUACAGUGCGGAGACAGCUUCUGGGUGCACUGGGAAGGUGAGGUUACCAUUAGCAGCAUCAUCAUCAUCAGCAUGAAGUUCACGAUCACCAUUGUUCGACAUGGCGAGACAACGUACAACAAGAAGCGUCUAAUCCAAGGCCAGGGCAUCAACAUGCCCCUAUCGGACGUGGGCUUCGAGCAAGCGGCAGCUGUCGGUGCUGCCCUGCAGCACGUCCCCUUCGCCUACGUCUACAGCAGUGACCAGCUGCGGGCACAGCAGACGGCGGAGGAGAUAGUGAAGCGGAACCAUCACUGCCGGGACCGGCCGCUGCAGCGCGAGGAGCGCCUGCGCGAGAGGUCCUUCGGAGCGUCGGAGGGCUGCAGCGUGGAUCAGCUCCGAGCCCUGGCCAAGGAGGCCGGGCAGCGGUGUCCCCACUUCACGCCGCCCGGGGGAGAGACUCUGGAGCAGCUCAAGACGCGGCUGGUGGAUUUCUUCCUCGAGCUCUGCUCGCUGAUAGCCUCCCGGCGCGCGGAGACGUGCAACGGCAUCAAGCCCUCGGCAUGCCGGGCAGAAAGCGACACCGCAACCGCCGCGGUGGACUCUGCGGCGGACGUUCUGGUAGUCACCCACGGCGGACUCAUCCGCGAGUGGAUUCGCUACCUCACCGAGGACCUGGGCUGCCCCGUGCCCGCCGAGUGGCGGCAGCGGCUGCUGGUCGUGUCGCCCAACACGGGGGUAUCGCGCUUCCUCGUCUCGCUGCCCGACGGCGCCGACGGCGCCGACGGCGCCGACGGCGCCGAUGGCGGCCCGCUCCCCACCACCGUGCAGUGCCUGCAGCUGCACAGCAGCUCCCACCUCGCCCCGGCGAAGGUGCAGCCGCCCCCGGCGAUGUAAAGUAAAAAAAAGAAUCGAGUUGAACUGCGGGUCAAACCCGCUUCACACGCUCGCCCCCCCCCACCCCCGCCCGCAACCAGAGCACUAGCGUAUAAAGGUCACGAUCUAUCUAGGGCAGGCAAUGACGGGCAACCGAGAACGAGUCGGUGGGCCGCGUGAAUGGGUCCCUCCGUCAGCUUAGUGGGCUCGCGAGUGUAACAUCGUGACCCCCCCACGCUUAACCCUAGACGCACCGAGACCAGGCCACCACGCAGCCCAUGGGCAGCAGGUUGCCCACCAAUGAUCUAAGGGCAGCUGCUGGAAGCCGUCGCCAAGCAGUGCAUCGAUCACGAUCCGCUUCGGCAACGGUUUGGGGACGCUGCGGUAACCGUCGCCGGCGACGGUCGCCACUUGUUACGUCGCCGAAAUUUAACUGAAACUCUCAAAUCACAAACAACGGUUUUGCUGCCUUGCGAUGAAAAUUUCACUCUGCGGCAGAGUGCGUGGGUUUGGCGCUGCCUCCCGCCACCACCCGAGCGUGUGGUUAAAAACGCGUCACUUGAAGGAGUUGUGUGGGUGCCGAGGUGGUGAGAUGUUAACUACCUCGCCUGCGAAACAGGAGGGUCGUGGGUUCGAUCCCGACCGCCACGCCUGUACAUUUGGCGUUUUCUCUCUCUCCCCACGUGGUCGCGUGGAUUUU